AUACCCGGUGUCAUGAGGUUUCCUACCCAAAUAGCUCCAAAACUGAUUCCAGGACCCAUAUUGCUGAAUGAUCUUGCCACCAGUAUAUAUACCACUAGGCUAAGACAUAGCUAAGGGCAGGGAGAGCAGAGGUGGGGGGCUUUUGGGUGGGCAGAAGGACAUGCAAGCUGUCCUAUCCACAUACAUGUACCCAGGUCUCAAAGAAGGUGAUAUGGAGUCAGUUCUCCCGUUUGUCCACUUUCUUGAAAGUAAUCUGGAGAAUGUGAGAGGUGAUCAAAGCUGACUCCACACGAGUAAGCCAGAGAUACCCUACCAAGGCAGACUAAUGCCAGCUAUAGGAUGAUACAGACAAAAGCCAAAACAGGUGUCUUGAUAGAUGUAAGGACCUGGGUGGUCCAAGCAGCUCCUGAAAAAGUGUCCCGGACACCUGCUGCCAUUCCCGGCUCGGCUUUACAGCAAGGCAGGCAGGUGGGAAGACUUGGGGGAAGGUGUCUAAGCGACGGGUUCUGACGUCAGCUGCGAUGCCAGGGUAGCAACAGGAGGAAGCUGGCGCAAUACGCGGGCACGACCAUCAGCGGAUCCUAUCGCGCCAGUCCAGGACCCGAGCUGAAAGGGCGGGGCCAUGGCCAACGUCACCGCCGCGGCCGACGUCACCGCCACUUGCCGCAUCCGCAAGAUUGCUCUGGUGCAGCUCAGGCGCAGGUCUCCGCCAGAGCUACCUAGACCUCUGCUGCUUCUCUACCAUGGCCGACUCGGAGAACCAGGCACCUGCGGAGCCGAGCCAGGCGGCCGCGCCGGAGGCGGCAGGGACGGCGGAGGAGGUAAUGGCGGAAGGCGGUGCGCAGCGGCGAGACCCUGACAGCGCAGCCGGCGACUCUGACAGCGCUGCCCGUCAGACAGCGGAGGAGCCCCAGACUCCUGCGGAGAAUGCGCCAAAGCCUAAAAACGACUUUAUCGAGAGCCUACCUAACUCGGUGAAAUGCCGAGUCCUGGCCCUCAAAAAGCUGCAGAAGCGAUGCGAUAAGAUAGAAGCCAAAUUUGAUAAGGAAUUUCAGGCUCUGGAGAAAAAGUAUAAUGACAUCUACAAGCCCUUACUCGCCAAGAUCCAGGAGCUCACUGGUGAGAUGGAGGGAUGUGCAUGGACCUUGGAGGGUGAGGAGGAGGGGGACGACGAGGAAGAGUAUGAGGACGAAGAGGAGGGGGAGGACGACGAGGAAGGGGAGGAGGACACUGCGGCAGAGGCUGCGGCUGCCGAAGACGAGGGUCCCCACUCCGCGGUGCCCGAUGACGCCAGGAAAUAAGGGGGGGCAGAAAGUGAAGAGGAGAAUGACGACGAAGAAAACUGAUUUUUUUUUUUUUUUGAAUAUUGGUGAACUUAAAAAGGCUCAGGUUUUGGACCAAAAUACAAUGUAAAUCAAUUCUGACAUUCCUAAAAAAAAUAAAUUGAAGCAAUCGGAGAUCCUGGCCAGACCAUUUCAAAUUUUCUUUUCAUUUUGAACACAAAUAUAUCAAAAGGUGUAGAAGAAAACGAGUUAAAUUAAAAAUGAUUUUUUUCAUGGUCUCUUCUGUGAGGACAGGAACCGAGGCUUAUUAAGGGUGUUAAGUAGAUGUGAAGUAAAGAAUGUCACUUUAAAGCCCAUUCAUCACACUAUCAUCACACUACACACGGAACACCCAAGCCAAGACUGAACAUGUUCUCAGUGCUUAAUUCUUCGAUUUCUUUAGUUCUGAAAUUUUCCAGUGCAGAAAAAGUAGAACUCAAGAAAAAACUCAUCUAUAAGACUUUGCUUUUGUAACCCAGACAUCAGCUUUACACUUCAGAGAAGAGUGAUGGUAUGGAGGAAGGCUGUGAUGGAGAUCAUGACAGUACUGUUAAUGAGGCCUGGAAAACUGCCACUUCAAAUUCUAAAGAAUGUUUGAAUGCCUGAAUGCAGAGAAACAACAUGGUUCUGAAAAGGAGGGUGUAUAACUUGUAUAAUAUUGUCAACAUAUGUGUUCAUUACUUAGUCUCAUGAUUAUGUGUUCUCUUGGUAGUGUCUAUUUACAGAAGUGUUGAAAAAAACCCCAAAUGUUUAAGUAUUAAAUCCCUUUACUAGCAUUUUAGAAAUCUUAAUUUCUUAAAGAGAUAUAGAAUGUAGCAGAUUCUGUAAAGCAUGUGUAUCCGGUGUUAUGUAGUUUGAUCCUUGUGAUGUCUUUUUGUCAUGUAGCUUUUAGAAUGUAGCUGUGAAAAUUAUCAGAACUCUUCACUGAAGCUAAUGUUUGGAGAAAAUACUUGAAGAACCAACCCAAAUGUGUGUCCCUACCCAAGCUCAGAAGUAGAAAGGGUUUAAGUUUGUUUGUAUUAGCUGUGCCUUCAUUAUUUUGCUAUGUAAAUGUGAUAUAUUAAAUAUAAAAUGGUGCAAAAUCAAAUUUUACUGCUUGAGGACAGACUGGCAUAUAGUUAAGGAUUUUUAGGAAGGACACAUUUAAUGUAAAGACUUUUAGCUUCUUUGUGGGUUUUGAAUAUGUGUGAUCCGGUGAUGUAUAAAGAAACAAGCAUAAAAUUGUUUACCACUGUGGUGUUAAUAAAACAGUAUUUUCGAAAAACAAAGGACUUGAUACUGUGCCUGCCUGGAAUCAAAUCCCAGCUCUGGCUCCUAUUAGCAAUAAACUUUGGGCAAUUCAGUUAAUAUAUGUUCACUUUCUCCUCAUAUAAGGAGGAAUAAUACUCUCUUUCCUCACAGGUUAUUAUGGACAAUAAUGAGUUAAUACACACAAAGCCCAUAGAACAGUAUCUGAAAGUGCUCAAGAAAGUUCAGUUAUUAUUACAUGAAAUAUAGAGACACUGAUUGGAAAUUCAAUCCCCAUUCUCCCACAGUUACAAAAGGGUAGAAGAUGGACA